UUCUGUUCUCCCUAUUAAUUCGGAUCAAAACUGAAUCAUCCAUUCUUAUUCCGAAACAGUCUCUCCAGUUUUUAAACCCUACUGUUCUUUGCUUUUUCUCUAUUCUCUCCUCAGAAGCCAAUCGGUCAUGGCUUCUUCGAUCUGCUCAGCCGAGCAGCUCGCGCCGCUCUUCGGGCAGAACAUCACAAACGCCGCCGCCGCCGCCGACUACAUCUGCGGCCAGUUCACCGCCGUGUCGGACAGAUUCGUCGACACAUCCUACGCCGUCGACUCAACGUACAUCCUCUUCUCCGCCUACCUCGUGUUCGCCAUGCAGCUCGGCUUCGCCAUGCUCUGCGCCGGCUCGGUCAGGGCCAAGAACACCAUGAACAUCAUGCUCACAAACGUCCUCGACGCCGCCGCCGGCGGCAUCUUCUACUACCUCUUCGGCUUCGCGUUCGCCUUCGGCGCGCCGUCGAACGGCUUCAUCGGAAAGCACUUCUUCGGCUUGAGCGAGAUGCCCUCCUCCCUCUUCGACUACAGCUUCUUCCUCUACCAAUGGGCUUUCGCCAUCGCCGCCGCCGGAAUCACCAGCGGCUCCAUCGCCGAAAGAACCCAGUUCGUCGCAUACUUAAUCUACUCAUCCUUCCUCACCGGAUUUGUCUACCCAGUUGUUUCUCACUGGUUCUGGUCAACCGACGGCUGGGCAAGCGCCGGAAAAACCGAAAACCUCUUAUUCGGAUCCGGAGUCAUCGAUUUUGCCGGGUCGGGCGUCGUUCAUAUGGUCGGCGGAAUCGCGGGUUUGUACGGAGCAUUAAUCGAAGGCCCCAGAAUCGGCCGAUUCGACCAUGAAGGCCGGGCGGUGGCGCUACGCGGCCACAGCGCGUCUCUGGUGGUGCUGGGUACAUUUCUGCUAUGGUUCGGGUGGUACGGAUUCAACCCUGGAUCGUUUUUCAAGAUCCUCAGCCCAUACAAAAGCGGCGAGUAUUACGGCCAGUGGUCCGCCGUCGGCCGGACGGCGGUCACCACCACUCUAGCCGGCUGCACCGCCGCGCUGACUACCCUCUUCACGAAGCGUGUAAUCUCCGGCCACUGGGUCGUGACCGACGUCUGCAACGGCUUGCUAGGCGGCUUCGCCGCCAUCACCUCCGGCUGCUCGGUGGUGGAGCCGUGGGCGGCGGUGAUCUGCGGGUUCGUGGCGGCGCUGGUGCUCAUCGGGUGCAACAAGCUGGCGCAGAAGGUGAAAUACGACGACCCACUGGAGGCGGCGCAGCUCCACGGCGGCUGCGGCGCGUGGGGCAUCAUAUUCACGGGUUUGUUCGCUACGAAAAAGUACGUGAACGAGGUGUACCCGGGCCAACCGGGUCGGCCGUACGGGUUAUUCAUGGGUGGCGGGUACGGGCUUUUGGCAGCCCAUAUUAUCCAAAUUGUGGUGAUUAUCGGUUGGGUCAGCUUAACAAUGGGGCCUUUGUUCUAUAUCCUGCAUAAGCUUAACCUUCUUCGGAUCUCGCCCGACGACGAAUUGUCGGGUAUGGAUUUGACCCGACACGGGGGAUUCGCGUACGCUUACGAGGAUGAUCCGCAGAAUCAUACCAAAAUGGGAGAACAGAUUUAGGCGGAACAAAUUACGGAAGUUAAAACGAAUAUUCGUCUUUCUUCAAGAGAUUAAUAUAUUUCGAUAUCGUUCGAUUAUAUUUAAUUCGAUUCUUGUGCUUUUACUAUAGUUCGUUCAAAAUUUAGGCUUCUUUGUAUAAAAAGUUGUCAACGAUGCUAGUUUUAAUUUCUAA